ACGCGCGCUGGGGCCGCGCGGGGCUUGGGGAGUGUGCCUGCAGCGCCACUGCCCCGCGCGGAGGCGGCCCCCCUCGGCCGGUGGCUAACCGCGCCCGUGUGUUUCUUUCCUCCCCAUCACAGGCAGUGAGUGUGGUCUGUGCGCCCUGUCGACGUCCACCAGUGCCCACUCCGAGCCUGCACCUGGUCUUGCGCCUGCCCGAUUUCGCUAUGACGUCCACCUGCACCAACAACACGCGCGAAAGCAACAGCAGCCACACGUGCAUGCCGCUCUCCAAAAUGCCCAUCAGUCUGGCUCACGGCAUCAUCCGCUCGAGCGUGCUGCUCAUCUUCCUCACUGCCUCAUUCGUCGGCAACGUAGUGCUGGCACUGGUGUUGCAGCGCAAGCCACAGCUGCUGCAGGUGACCAACCGCUUCAUCUUUAACCUCCUCGUCACUGACCUGCUGCAGAUUUCUCUUGUGGCCCCUUGGGUGGUGGCCACCUCUAUGCCUCUCUUCUGGCCUCUCAACAGCCACUUCUGUACCGCCCUGGUUAGCCUCACUCACCUGUUCGCCUUUGCCAGUGUCAACACCAUCGUUGUGGUGUCUGUGGAUCGCUACCUGUCCAUCAUCCACCCUCUCUCCUACCCCUCCAAGAUGACCCCACGCCGGGGUUACAUGCUUCUCUAUGGCACCUGGAUUGUGGCCAUCCUGCAGAGCACACCCCCACUCUAUGGCUGGGGCCAGGCUGCCUUUGACGAGCGCAAUGCUCUCUGCUCCAUGAUCUGGGGGGCCAGCCCCAGCUACACCAUUCUCAGCGUGGUGUCCUUCAUCAUCAUUCCACUGGUUGUCAUGAUUGCCUGCUACUCCGUGGUGUUCGGUGCAGCCCGGCGGCAGCAUGCUCUGCUGUACAACAUCAGGAGCCACAGCUUAGAGGUUCGAGCCAAGGACCGUGUGGAGAAUGAGAACGAAGAGGGAGAGGAGAAGAAGGACGAGCUCCAGGGUGAGAGAGAGUUCCACAGCCAGGAUGAAGGUGAGGUCAAAGCCAAGGAAGACAACAUGGAGGCCAAAGAGGGCAGCAUGGAAGCCAAGGAUAGUGGCACAAAGGGCAAGGCAGGGAGAGUGGAGAUCAGCAAGGGGAGCACAGAAGCCAAGGGCAGCAAGGUCAGAAAAAGCAGCACGGCGGCCAGCGAAGGCAGCAUGAAGGCUAAGGAAGGGGGCACAGAAAUUGAGAGCAGCAUGAAGGCAGAGAAGGGCCACAUGGAAGUCAACCAGUGCAACAUUGACUUGGGUGAUGAGGAUAUUGACUUUGGUGAGGAUGACGUCAAUUUCAGUGAGGAUGACAUUGAGGCAGUGAACAUACCUGAGAGUCUCCCACCCAGUCGUCGAAACAGCAACAGCGACCCUCGUCUGCCCAGAUGCUACCAGUGCAAAGCUGCUAAAGUGAUCUUCAUCAUCAUUUUCUCCUACGUGCUAUCCCUGGGGCCCUACUGCUUUCUAGCGGUCCUGGCUGUGUGGGUGGAUGUCCAAACCAAGGUACCACAGUGGGUGAUCACCAUAAUAAUCUGGCUUUUCUUCCUGCAGUGCUGCAUCCACCCCUACAUCUAUGGCUACAUGCACAAGACCAUCAAGAAGGAAAUCCAGGAUAUGCUGAAGAAGUUAUUUUGCAAGGAAAAGCCCCCAAAAGAAGACAGCCACCCAGACCUGCCUGGAACCGAAGCUGGCACAGAGGGUGGAACUGAAGGCAAGAUCGUCCCUUCUCAUGAUUCUGCCACUUCGCCUUGAAGUUAGUCCUAAGGCAAACCUUGGACUGUCCACAAUGCAGUAAACAAGAGCAGCUUUCUUUUAAACAGACCACCCACAGUCCCAUUAAUGCUAACCCAUACCAUACCAUUCCAGGCAAAGGUGUUGCACACAUGCUUCUCAUCACAGGCAGAUAGGUACGUGGAAGAGGUAGGAACUGGAGCUUUCCUUUAAAAGUGUGUCCCUCAAAGCACAGACUCGAGGAUUCUGACUGAAAUUUCCACCUCCCCCGACCACCACCAAAAUGUAUUAGGCUCUAAAUUUCUUAAAGCAACAAGGGCUGUCCAUUUUGGACCUGUACGGGGUAUUCUGUCUCCCUGAGCUACAACAUGUCAGCUUUCCCUUUGAGAGAAAAGGAAGAUGAUGCCUGUGAACUUAAGGACUUUUAAGUACCCAGGUCAAGAGCUCAGGGGCAAAGGCCACAGCCUGUUUUCACCUGAAAGAAAAGCAAUGGACCAAAUCAUUCAUGGAGCCCAAAGAAGCAGAGCCUGACUGACUGAUUAACACAUGAGCCAAAUUCUAAAGUGAUGAGCCCCAUAAUCUGGUGCAAAGACUAUUAUGGAAACUAACACAAAAGGCAUCGUGCAGUUAAAUACAGAUUUUAAGUACAGGGAUCCAGAAAAGUGGAAGAGGAUAAUAGGGCAUGUUUGAAAUGGGAAGCUAGUCCAAGGGAGACAAUAGAAAAAAUAAUACAUCUGUGGAGCUAAACAGUUAACGUUUUUCCAUAAAACCCUGGGUUGGUGAGUGGGUUGGGACCAAGGUCAUUCCAUGUAAAUGGAAAAUUGUCAAUUGACAGGAAACUGUUUUUUCGUCUCCUAUCUAAAUAAUAGUGGGACAGAAACCAUGCCACUAUUUUACAAUUUUCCCUUUGUGAUUGAAUUGGGGUACAAGAAUCCUUCAAAUCUCCUCUGCCAGUCACUUGAGUAUGUGAGUGUGUGUGUGUGUGUGCGUGUUCCAAAUAGAGCUUUUUAGUCAAACAGUAUUUCCAGAAAAAAAGAAUUCAACCGCAAGUGGCCAAAGUCCUAUGACAACUCAGACUGCCAAUCAAGAGUGAUGAGCCCAUUAGAAAUCUCUUUUGCACCCAUGAGAUCAUAAACAAGAAAUGUGAUCUCCACAGGAGGAACAAGUGAGGCAGGAUAAACAUUUUC